AUGCUGGCCCCUGCUGUCGCACUAUUGACCGCAGUAUACACCACCUUCUUGGUCCUCCGUUACUUCCAGCAACUCUACAAGCAUCGCAAACAGGCUCGAUCCCUGCGCUGUCAGCCCCCCGCCAAAGGCGAAGCCGGCAUCUUCGGCAUCUCUUCUUUUCUACGACUGAGAAAAGCCGUCAAGGAGAAGAGAUGGAUUGAGCUCAUCGCCGAGCAGUAUGGAAAGUACGGUAACACAUUUGCGCAGACGAUCUUUGGACAACCGCUGGUAGCUACGAUUGAGCCGGAGAAUCUCAAGGCUGUGCUCGCGACCCAGUUCAAUGAUUUCGAGCUUGGCACGAGACACCAGGAAUUUUACCCGUUACUCGGAGACGGGAUCUUCACGCUGGAUGGAGCGGGUUGGUCGCAUGCGCGUGCGCUAUUACGACCCCAGUUUACGAGGGACCAGGUGGCCGAUUUGGACUUGAUGGACGGCCACAUCUCCAGACUGAUUGACCUAGUCCCGAAAGACGGCUCCCCAUUCGAUAUCCAGCGGUUGUUCUUCCUCCUCACAAUCGAUUCGGCGACUCAUUUCCUCUUUGGCGAAUCGGUGGGCUCUCUACACGCUGGCACAGACACCGGCCUUCUGGGUAGAUCAGCCGUCGGCAACGCGGAGGGCUUCGCAGAGGCGUUCAACACGGCUCAGGAGUACCUCGCCGCGAGGUCCCGAGCGGUCAUCUUCUACUGGAUGAUCAACCCCAAGGAGUUCCGCGAUGCCAACAAGCGCGUCCAUGAGGUGGUCGACCACUAUGUCCAGCUCGCUCUCGAGUCACGGCGGAAUUCGGAGAAGAAGCAGCCUGGAGGCCGGUAUAUCUUUGCUGAGGCCCUGGCGGCCGAAAACGACAAUCCGAAGGUGCUGAGGGACAACAUGCUCAACAUCCUGUUAGCGGGGCGCGAUACAACCGCCAGCCUGCUGAGCUCGACCUUCUUCUAUCUGGCUCGCCAUCCGAACGUGUGGACCAAACUCCGUCGGGCCAUUCUGGAUGCGUUCGGCGACGCCGAGCACCCCAAGGAGGAGAUCACGCAGACAAAGCUGAAGGAUAUUCCGUACUUGCGAUAUGUGCUGAACGAAGUCCUGCGGCUCCUGCCACCCGUCCCUGCCAACUUCCGCGUCGCCAACAAGGACACAACCUUACCUGUUGGCGGUGGACCCGAUCAAAAGUCCCCCGUCUACGUCCGCAAGGGCACAGUAGUCACCUACAGUGUAUACGCCAUGCACCGCCGGACAGACUUCUAUGGUCCGGACGCUAACGAGUUCCGACCCGAACGCUGGGAAGAAAACGGCAGACGAGGAUGGGAGUAUCUUCCCUUCAACGGCGGCCCGAGGAUCUGUCUUGGCCAACAAUACGCACUCACCGAGGCAAGCUUUACGAUUGUCAAAUUGCUCCAGCGCUUUGAUCGGAUUGAGAACGCAGAUCCAGAUCUGAUUGAACCAGUCCAGCAGACGAAUCUCACUCUGGCGCAUGAUAGGGGCGUAUAUAUUCGACUGUACUCGUCGAAGGCACUUUAA